AAGGCAUUACUCGACCAUCCGCAAAUAUUGAUAUUCCGUCGCUAUCUCCAGCUCUUGGUGGCCAUCGACGUUAAAAGAAUGGCAGCUAAUGGCAGUGCUCAGCUGACUUUUAAGAAUGCUAUUGGGGCUGUGAAGGAUUCAACAAAAGUUGGAUUGGUAAAAGGAAAUGGUGAUAACAAGAAGCUGGAUAUCGCAAUUGUCAAAGCCACAAAGCGCAAUGAAAAAUUUCCAAAGGAGAAACAUGUUAAGACUAUCUUCAAUGCAGUUUCAUGUUCAAAUCCUCGUCCAGUUGUUGUGUUCUGCUUGCAUGCUAUGGCUAAGCGUCUCUCUAAAACACAUAACUGGACGGUUGCAUUGAAAACCCUGAUUGUUAUACACCGUGCACUGAGGGAAGUUGAUCCUACAUUUCUUGAUGAGCUUAUAAAUUUUAGCCGGCACAGAAGUCUUUCAAUGCUGAACCUUGCACAUCUAAGGGAUGAUUCAAGCACAAAUGCUUGGGAUUAUUCUGCUUGGGUUCGUGUUUAUGCUUUGUAUCUUGAAGAACGUUUAGCAUGCUUCAGCGCAUUGAAAUAUGAUGUCGAGAGAGAACAGUCUUGAACAGCGUAAUAAACAUCUUGACACUCA